GCAGCAGUGCUAGGAGAGCCCCUCUCAUCUCCCAGAAUAAACUCGGAAGCCAGAGGCUAUGUGGACCUGAAUCAUCUGGGAGGUUGUCAGAGGAGCGGGUGUGACUUCCCAGGUCAGGCAAGCAGGCUAUAUAAGCUCCAGAGGGCCGGGCCUGUUCAGAUCUCUUCCACCAGCCACUGCCUGCCAGAGAGGCGCCUGUGGAGAGCCACACUCCAACUGCACUCACCAUGUCCCAGGCUCACAUUCAGGAAGCCCCCAUCAAGAAGAAGCGUCCCCCUGUGAAGGAGGAGGACCUGAAGGGGGCCCGAGGAAACCUGGCCAAGAACCAGGAAAUCAAGUCCAAGACCUACCAGGUCAUGCGGGAGUGUGAGCAAGCUGGCUCAGCCGCCCCUUCAGUGUUCAGCCGCACCCGCACAGGCACAGAGACUGUCUUCGAGAAGCCCAAAGAAGGACCUGCCAAGAGUGUCUUUGGCUGAACAGUGCAUGCCACACCCCUUGCCACCCGAGCCCCAGAUACAGGAGCCUUUCCCAAGAACUCUUUUUUUUUUUUUUUUUGAGACAGAGUCUCAUUCCGUCACCCUGGGUAGAGUGCUAAGGUAUCAUAGCUCACAGCAGCUUCAAACUCUUGGGCUCCUGAGUAGCUGGGACUACAGUUGCCUGCCACCAUACCCAGCUAGUUUUUCUAUUUUUAGUAGAGACGGGGUUUCGCUCUUGCUCAGGCUGGUCUCGAACUCCUGAGCUCAGGCAAUACACCCACCUUGGCCUCCCAGAGUGCAAAGAUUAUAGGCGUGAGCCACCUCACCCGCCAAGAAGUCUUUUUUUAAUGCCACAAUACCUCUUCCCCUGCUGUCUGUAGGGCUGGUGCCCUCCCCUGGGCCCCGGCCCUUCAGCCAGCGGCUCCACACCAGCACCUUGAAAGCAUCAAUAAAGAGGAUGCCCAGGUGGCCCCAGCC